AUGUGCCACUUUGCAAACAUACAGAGAGGAAUCUGUUGAUUUGUAACCUCCUGAAUAUGAUAUAUAUUGUCAAUCUACCUUUUCUACAUACCCUUGUCUCAGCCCUGCACUUGAGAGAGAGAGAUGGAGAAAGAGACUUACAGAGACUGCCAAAGAAACCAUGCAUGCUAUCUUGGCGGCUAUGCAAUUGAUGGUUGCAGUGAGUUCAUUCCCAGUAACAACAAGGAAAGCCACUGCAAAGCCUGUGGUUGCCAUAGAAACUACCAUCGGAAAGUCCCUUUUAUAUAUUCAAAAGAAUCCCCUGAAAUUGGCCACCGUUCUGGUAAGUCUUUUUGGAGCCUAAGAGAGGCAAAGAGAAUCGCCAGGCAGCACCGUGUUCUUCCAGCCCCAUCUCCCCAGGUACUGGUGCGGAAGCAGCAGAACUCCAAUCGCAAGUUCAAGCAGAGGAAAUCGAAGUUCACCGGGGGACAGAGAGAAGCUAUGAGAGCAUUAGCGGAGACCUUAGGCUGGACCAUGAGGAACAAAGGUCGUCAAACGGAGAUCAACAGGUUUUGUGGAAGAAUUGGAGUUAGCAGGCUUCAUUUCAAGACCUGGCUCAAUAACAACAAGAAGCUUUACUUCAAAGGCACUGCGUCUAUGUCUGGAGCUAACAGUUCCUCUUCCAAGGCUGUUUAGACUUCAUAGUUCGUAUGUUCUCCUGUUCUUAGAAUAACAAUGAGGUCAAGACCCUCGAAACGUGUAAUUGUUAAUCGAUGUUGUUUAUUUUUCUCCCCUGGUGCAACAAUGAAUUGCCCUUUUCAGUGAUAUAUCCUUCAAAUUCAGUAUGUAUGUAUGUCUACAUUUGA